UCUGCAAUACUUUGAGUCAUGUUUUUUUUUCCUUUCUUCAAACACGUACUCCCCUUGCGACAAUACGUGCGGCACUAAACGCGUGUGGUGAGAGUGUGCGAAAACACUUCCCGUAACCAUGACGACGACAGCCUGGGCGUCGAUACUGUCAUGGUGUCAUUCGCGACACCUUUACGUAAGGACUAAUCGGUAUCAAAAUGGAGAACGAGGAUACCGCUAAAGCUCAAAUCCGUUCCAUUCUCGGGCCAACAAAAGACGCCGAAUUCUUACAAAGUUUCGUCAGAGUUGGUAUUGGUGACGAUGAAGAGGAGAUACCUGUACCUAAGGCUUCGAUCAGCAAGCGAGCGCCUGCAUCGGCUGAGAAAAGUGAGUCUGGGGAGGAAGAUAAGCAGACGACGAAGGAGAGGAAGGAAUCUGUAGAGCCUAAGAAGCGGAGUUACCGGCGGAGGGUGAAGCGUGAACGGCGUCGGCGUGAGGAAGAGCUGUACACGGACAAGGACCGCGCGGCGGCUGUGGUCAUGGGCUACAAGGAUAUCAAGCUAUCUCUCAAUAUGAAGGAUCAGGCAGAGCGCAGUAGCGCCUUGCAGCUGCCCGCUGAGGCAGACGCUGGCACGCUGCUUGCCCUCGCCCGCGCUGAGAUGACAAGAGAACGAUAUCGCACGGCUCUCUCAUUUGUUGAUAAGGCGAUAGAGCUGGCUCCAGAAGACAAGGCGGCGUACGUGGCUCGCAGCAAAUGCUACCUGCUUCUUGGGGAGCCUCAGCUGGCGUUGGCAGACGCGGAGGCGGCUCUCCGGUUGGACCCGCAGCAUGCGCGUGCUCUCCUGCAAAAGGCGGAAGCUCUCUACUACUGCGGAGAGUUCGAACUCAGUCUGGUACAUUACCAUCGUGGACUGAGUACCAGACCGGAUUUGAACGACUUCAGACUAGGAGUACAGAAGGCUCAGGAAGCGAUAGAAAACACCAUCGGGGCGGUUAAACAUGUAAAAAAACCAUCGAAACGAAACAGCCCUAAGUCGUCUCGACCCGUGUUAGGACAGCUCAUGUCUGAUAAAAUCUACUUGGAGAACCUUCUCAAGAAUCCCGAUUUAGCGAUUGCUGAUAAGAAAAAUGAUGUUGUGAUGAAACAAGCUGAAGAGGCUAUCCGAUUCUUGGAGAAUAGAGAAGAAUUCUGGAGACAGCAACAGACUGCUAAAAAACAUUGAUUUUUUUAUAUAUUCGAAAACAUAGAUAUAGAGUAUCCAAGAUAAUCGAUUUGUGAUUAUCAUAACCGUUAAUUUUAUUUAUUUCAAUAUAAGUGUUGGAAAAUUAACUCUUU